AUGGACUUUCUUAAAGAAGUCGUAGACGUCGGCAGGCGCGCCACUGUCGAUGCUCUCCAGAGCUCCCAAAUCGAUGAAGAUUCGCCUUUCUCGCCCGAAGUACCCGAGGAACUCCGCUCAUUCAUGCCUGAUCUAUUUGACCGCUUCCCGCUGGUCUUUCCAUGGAACAAAGCAGAACCUGUGGACCCUGCGUUGCACACUGUCUGGCUCCUGGACAACACGGCUUUCCGUACCCCGCAACCCGGAGACAAGAGGCCUGAUCUGGCGGAUCUAGUCACGGAGAAAGCUGCACAACCAGCACGCAUCAGUGAAGAUGGAAGUAAACCUCAGCCUGUGAGGGGAGGUUCGGGAUGGGAAGUCGAGUUCGUGGCUUGUUACUUUGUGAAGAACUCCGGCAGGGAUCUGUCUCGCGUCGUUGGCCACAUCGCCCACGAAAUGCAAAUUAGCGACGAGGAUGUGGCCACCAAGAAGCGCAUCGCAGAGCGAGUCCAGCCUUUUGUGGAUACUAUCCUCCCCAAGCGAACGGUCAGAAUCGCCAUCGACGACAAGGAACAGCAAACGCUAGGUCCCUCAUCAUACUCUGGCAUCAGCAGCGGAUUGCACCAACUACACUUCGAUCCAGGUCUCGAACCUUUCACGUCGAACACCCUAACCCUUCCACCGCCGUUCUCAAUCCCCAGCACGACCAUCGCGGCCUCCGAACAUGGCUGGGGCAUCAUCUCCGACAUCGAUGACACCAUCAAAAUCACCAACACUCCCUCCCCCCUCGGCGUCCUACAUUCCACCUUCAUCGAAGAAACCCCCGACCCCGUCCCCGGCAUGCCCGCCCUCUACGCCCACCUCCAACGCACCCUCUCCUCCCCACCCUUCUUCUACCUCUCCGCCUCCCCCUACAACCUCUACCCCUUCCUCCACAACUUCCGCGACGCCCACUACCCACCGGGCACCAUCAUCCUGCGCGACGCCUCCUGGCAAAACCUCGGCGGCCUCAUUGCCUCCCUGCAGCAGAACCCGCAGGAAUACAAAGUCGACCGCAUGCGCAAACUCCACGCCUGGUUUCCCCAUCGCCGCUUCAUCUGCAUCGGGGAUUCGACGCAGAAGGACCCGGAGAGUUAUGGCGAGGUGGCGAGGCGGUGGCCCGGGUGGGUGAAGGGGAUUUUUAUUCGAAGGGUGAGCGGCGUGGAGGGGAUGGAUGAGAGGAAGAAUGAGAAGGGGAGGUUUGAGGAGGCGUUCAAGGGGUUGGAGAGGGGGUUGUGGCAUGUUUUUGAUGAGGCGGCGGAGGUGGGGGAGAGGGUUGAGGAGUUGGUUAGGGAGGAGCGGGGGUGA